CCGAGAGAGAGAGAGAGAGAAAGAGAGAGAUAGUCCCUCUGUUUCUCUUCUACUAUUCUUCUUCUAGAGAGAGAGAAAGAGAGAGCAAUGGAGAGAGGAGGAGGAGGAGAAGAAGGCGAUGAAUUCGACGGUGGCAGAGAAGAGAAGAUGACGAUGGAGAGAGUGUUCAAGAACUCAGAAGUGCCUUCAUGGAAGAAUCAGAUAACAGUGAGAUCUAUGGUGACGAGUUUUGUGUUGAGUAUUGUGUUCAACUUCAUUGUGUGCAAGCUCAAUCUGACGACGGGGGUGAUACCAUCGCUCAAUGUGGCGGCGGGACUGCUAGGGUUUGCCAUGAUAAAGGCCUGGACGGCGUUGCUUCAUAAGUUGGGGCUGUUGAAACAGCCUUUCACUCGCCAGGAAAAUACUGUUAUUCAAACUUGCGUCGUCGCUUCUUCCGGCAUCGCUUUUAGCAGUGGGACUGCAAGUUAUCUACUAGGAAUGAGUGGACGUAUUGCAGCCCAAGCAGAUGAAGCAAGCAACCCAAUCAAUGUGAAGAAUCUAUCUUUGGGUUGGAUGAUUGGUUUUCUCUUUCUUGUCAGCUUUGUUGGACUCUUUUCGAUUGUCCCCCUUAGAAAGAUGAUGAUACUCAAGUACAAGUUAACAUACCCUAGUGGAACUGCAACUGCCUACCUAAUCAACAGCUUUCACACUCCUAAAGGAGCCAAACUAGCCAAGAAACAAGUAAUGAUGCUAUUCUAUUCCUUCUGUGGUAGCUUUACUAAUGCACUUUUUCAAUGGUUCUUUGCCGCUGCUGAUGGCUGUGGAUUUAGUAACUUUCCCACCUUUGGUCUCAAAGCCUUUAGCCAAAGGUUCUACUUUGAUUUCUCAGCAACAUAUGUAGGAGUAGGGAUGAUAUGCCCAUACAUGGUAAAUAUAUCAUUGCUAAUUGGAGCUAUAAUAUCAUGGGGAAUAAUGUGGCCCCAGAUUGAAAAAAAGAGAGGCCAUUGGUAUAGUGCUGACUUACCUUCCAGCAGUCUUCAUGGCAUCCAAGGCUAUAGGGUUUUCCUUGCAAUUGCCAUGAUGCUUGGUGAUGGUCUCUUCCAUGUCAUCUACAUGAUAGUAGUAACACUCCACAGUCUCAUAUCUCAGAACUCAAACACCAACAAACAACUAUCAUCAUCCUCAAACUACGACGAACAAAGAAGAACUGAAUAUUUCUUAAAAGAUCAGAUCCCAAACAAAGUCGCUGUCGCUGGUUACAUUGCUCUCGCUGCCAUUUCCAUUGGCGUAACACCAGUCAUCUUCCCCCAACUCAAAUGGUACCACGUCCUCGUCGCCUACCUCAUCGCCCCAAUCCUCGCCUUCUGCAAUGCCUAUGGGUGCGGUCUCACUGACUGGUCCCUCGCCUCCAACUACGGUAAACUCGCCAUCAUCAUCUUCAGCUCGUGGGUUGGGCUCGGCCACGGAGGAAUCAUCGCGGGCCUUGCCUCGUGUGGGGUCAUGAUGAGUAUUGUCUCAACAGCAUCUGAUCUAAUGCAGGAUUUUAAAACCGGGUACUUAACCCUAGCCUCACCUCGAUCCAUGUUCUUUAGUCAAGUCCUUGGGACCGCGAUGGGCUGCGUGAUGUCCCCAUUGGUCUUCUGGUUCUUCUACAGCGCUUACGCGGUGGGGGACCCUGAUGGGUCCUACCCCGCGCCCUAUGCUUUAAUGUACCGCGGUAUUUCCCUUUUAGGAGUAGAGGGUAUUUCGUCGUUACCAAAGAACUGUCUUGAACUUGCCAUUGGAUUUUUUGUCGGUGCCAUUGUGAUCAACGUGAUUCGCGAGGUUUUGAAGCAAUGCAAAUGCAAUGAGAUGAUUUGGGGGUGUAUUCCAAGCCCAAUGUGUAUGGCGAUACCGUUCUACCUUGGAGGGUACUUUGCAAUUGAUAUGUGUGUGGGGAGUUUGAUACUUUUUGUGUGGGAGAAAGUGAAUAAGCAGAAAGCGAAGGACUUUGUGCCAGCGGUGGCAUCAGGCCUGAUUUGUGGUGAGUCUUUGUGGGGGGUUCCGGCUGCUGUGCUGUCUCUGGCCGGGGCUACACCUCCUAUCUGCAUGAAGUUUUUGUCUGCUGCUUCUAACAAGAAGGUUGAUGGCUUUUUGGGUACAUAAAUAUAUUGGUGAAUAGUAUUGGAGAUCUUUAGAACACUGGAACCUAGAACAUAGUUAGUUGAUUU